UCAUGCUCUAAUAACCAUUCCGGAUUUCCGGUCAUCUUCUUUCUCCUGUUUUUCUUUUGUUUUUUUUUUUCCUUGACUAAAAUAACAGAUAAUUAUGGAAAGAUUUACCGAAGAAGAAAAAUUUAGGAAAUAUCAACCCAAAAAGAAAGGGGGAAAAGAAUAAGACAGCUCAUCCAUCCGCCAACAGUAGACGCCACUGUGAAGACUUUGAAGCUGGCUGAAGGUUCAACUUUAAGAUAGACGGGGUUCUUUAUUUAAAGGCUGAGGUCCGCAUAAUCUUUUCAUUCCAUUUCAAAGAGAGGAGGGAAUAAACCUCAAGCUGGUGUGGACGUACUCCUCAACACUUGCUGCUGCUGCCGCUUCUUCUCCUCUCUUAACCCAAAUUUUAGAGACUCUUUUUAUCUGACAAUAAUCCAUAAAGAAAGGUUAAUACUUAUUUCUUAACAUCAUGAAGCAUAAAGAUGGAAAACCAAAUCCUCACUCUGAUAAAGGUCCUAAGAUUGUUUCUUUAACAAUAAUAGUUCUUGCACUAUGUGGGUUUUCUUUUUAUCUUGGUGGAAUCUUUGGCUCUGAGAGAAACAGAGUUGAGGUUAUUGAUGUCAAAAAGGCAGUCCCAGCUCCAAAGGAAGCUGUUGUUGCUCCUCUCCAGAUCAAAACUAUUACCUUUCCGGAAUGCAGCAGUGACUAUCAAGACUACACUCCGUGCACUGAUCCAAGGAGGUGGAAAAAGUAUGGUGUUCAUCGCCUUACAUUUAUGGAACGCCACUGCCCUCCAGUUUUUGAAAAGAAGGAAUGCAUAAUUCCACCUCCUGAUGGGUAUAAGCCACCGAUCAAAUGGCCAAAGAGCAGGGAUGAAUGUUGGUACAGGAAUGUGCCAUAUGAUUGGAUUAACAAGCAGAAGUCCAAUCAAAAUUGGCUGAGAAAAGAAGGGGAGAAGUUCCUCUUUCCUGGUGGGGGCACCAUGUUUCCACGUGGAGUCUCUGCCUAUGUCGAUCUGAUGCAAGAUCUAAUUCCAGAAAUGAAAGAUGGGACUAUUCGGACUGCCAUAGAUACUGGAUGUGGGGUUGCAAGUUGGGGAGGUGAUUUAUUAGAUCGUGGAAUAUUAACAGUCUCUCUUGCACCUAGAGAUAAUCAUGAAGCUCAAGUUCAGUUUGCACUGGAACGUGGAAUUCCUGCAAUCCUUGGCAUCAUUUCUACACAACGCUUACCUUUCCCCUCAUAUUCUUUUGAUAUGGCUCAUUGCUCAAGAUGCCUUAUCCCAUGGACAGAAUAUGGUGGAGUUUAUCUCCUAGAAAUUCACCGUAUACUUCGUCCUGGUGGAUUCUGGGUACUGUCAGGCCCACCAGUCAACUAUGAACGUAGAUGGCGAGGGUGGAACACUACUGUGGAAGAUCAGAAAAAGGACUAUGAGAAGUUGCAGGAACUGCUGACUUCAAUGUGUUUCAAAUUGUAUAACAAAAAGGAUGACAUUGCUGUGUGGCAGAAAUCUUCAGAUAACACUUGCUACGAUAAGCUUACUUUAACAGACAUGUACCCACCCAAGUGUGAUGACAGCCUUGAACCUGAUGCAGCAUGGUAUACACCACUCCGUCCUUGUGUUGUUGUUCCUAGACCACAACUAAAGAAAUUGGUUUUGAAAUCCAUGCCUAAGUGGCCUAAGCGGUUGCAUGUUGCACCUGAACGCAUUUCAGAUGUUCAUGGUGGGAGUGCUAGUGCUUUCAAGCAUGAUGAUAGCAAGUGGAAAGUGAGAAUUAAUCACUACAAAAAGUUACUCCCUGCAAUUGGGACUGAUAAAAUAAGAAAUGUAAUGGACAUGAAUACAGUUUAUGGAGGAUUUGCUGCAGCGGCAAUUGAUGAUCCCUUGUGGGUUAUGAAUGUCAUGUCAUCCUAUGCUCCCAACACACUUGCUGUUGUCUUUGAUCGGGGCCUCAUUGGAACUUAUCAUGAUUGGUGUGAGGCUUUCUCCACAUAUCCUCGUACCUAUGAUCUCCUUCACCUUGAUGGUCUCUUUACUGCAGAAAGCCACAGAUGUGAUAUAAAGUAUGUGCUGUUGGAGAUGGAUCGGAUACUACGUCCCAAUGGAUAUGCAAUCAUCCGGGAAUCAAGCUAUUUUAUGGAUGCUGUAGCUGCCAUUGCCAAAGGGAUGCGGUGGGGUUGCCACAAGGAGGAUACUGAGUAUGGCACUGACAAGGAAAAGCUAUUGAUUUGCCAGAAAAAGCUCUGGUACUCUAGCCAAAGUUCAAGGUAAUAAAAAAUUACUGAAGGCUGAGAGUAUAAUUUAUAAGUCAAAGUGGGAAGAAUCUGAGGAAAACCAAGUUCAAUACCACACUGUGAUUUAGAUUUGUCCAAUAGGAGUCAAGAAUUUUUAUAUUUAAUAUUGUCAAUUGUAGCUACCUGAUAAUAUGAUUUUUGUUGUUAUAUAAUAGCCAUAUUAAUAUAAAUAUAUUCUUUCCAAGAA